UUAAUAUUAAAAUUCGGAUUCGGAUUUUUUUUCAAAAGAACGCUUAAAGUUCAACUUACGUAAUGGUUUUUUCAGAUUGGCAAUACUACUUCUAGUUUUGACGUACUGUCAAUUUGAAGUGACAGAUUAGCACUUUCCCGCCAAUUUAAUUAUUUUUGCAAUCAACACAAUUUUCUGAACAACAAGAAAUAUAAAUUCUUGUGUCGUUUCAAGUUGAAAAAAAUACUUACGGGUGUGGAAUUUUGUGCUCUUUAUGAUAGUGUUCGAUUUAUAAUAAAAAAACUAAUAGCAGGUGAGUAAAUUCGAAAAUAUUGAACUCCGCCUUGAGGCGGACUCAUGCAUUGCGCUGCCUACCUUUUUCCAGUAAAAUGAAAUAUUUGUGAUACAAUUGAAAAUUUUUCUUAUUUUAUUAUUGAAUAAUAAUCAGAUAUGUCGCGUUAUUCUAAGACCCAUAUGACGGAUGAAGAAAUUCGACAAUAUUUCGAAGAGUCGCAAUUGGUAACUGAUACUUCCGACAAUGAAUGCGAUUUUGAUAGUGACGAUUCUGAUAUGGAUCCAACCUACUCACUACCGGAAAAUGAUACGAUCAUUGAUGCAAUGCUAAACUCCUCAGAAAUGAUGCGAAACGCAAUCGAAUGCAGUUUGAAUGUGACAGACUUUGAAGAAAAUGCUGAAAUAAUUGAGCUGCCACCGAUUCCUCCAUUGCCUGUUUGUGACGUUACUUCUAGUGUAUUCUUACCGUCGACAGUGACACGUUCUGUGCACAAAGCAUUAGAAUCGCAAGAAAAAAUCGGAGUCCUACCAGCUGCAAGUGAUUUGAGAAACGAUAUGAGUGCGAUAAGAUCGAUUCUUUGGAAGAAGAAAAAACUUCAGCUGAGUGUUGCAGAUUUGGCUUUUCAAGGCCAGGACAUGCCGGAUUUUUUAAAAUGUUUAAAAACACCUUACGACUGCUUUGCAUAUUUUGUGACCGAAGACUUUCUGAAGGCAAUAGCCUUACAGAUGAACUUGUAUGCCAAGCAAAAAGAUAUAUCUUCAAAGUUUUGUAUCGAUCACCAAGAGCUGCGUAAGUUUUUGGGAAUAUUGUUGUUUACGUCUGUUUAUCGCUUUCCUAACAGUCGCUCAUAUUGGGGACAAUACGGAUUAGAUCCGAUACGUUUAUCCAUGACAUGCAAUCGAUUUGAAGAAAUUAGAAACCACUUGCAUUUCAAUAAUGAUGCGUCUCGUAUAGAGAAAGGUCAACCUGGUUAUGACCUCUUGUAUAAAAUAAGGCCGCUAGUAAAACAUUUCAACCAACGUUUUUCUUCAGUUCCAAUGCGGCAGAGACUUUGCGUUGAUGAGCAAAUGUGUGCCACGAAAAUGAGUGGAAACCCAGUGAGGCAAUAUAUGCCAGCAAAACCUCACAAAUGGGGAGCGAAACUAUUCGUGAUUUGCGAUUCCUUUGGAUAUUCGUAUUCCUUUGAAGUUUAUUGUGGCGCCGGCGAUAACAAAAUUUUGCCAAAUUGUCCAGAUCUUGGUGCUGCAUCCAAUGUUGUAGUUAGGUUGUCACAAGUCAUACCAAACAAUGCCAAUCAUAUUAUUUACUUUGACAACUUUUAUACCUCAUUGGGAUUGCUAUUAUAUAUGAGAAGUCGCGGAAUUCACAGUUUAGGUACAGUGCGAGGAAAUCGAGUACCAAAUAUAAAACUUUCCACAGACGCAGAGCUGCAAUCAAAAAAAGUAGCACGUGGGUAUAAUGAAGAAUACGUGGGAAGUGUUUUUGGAGUAGACAUAAGCAGCGUUUUGUGGUACGACACAAGAGCAGUUCGUCUGUUAUCCACCUACGUAGGAACAGAUGCAAUUGUACAUAAUGAAAGUUCAUAUUCCUUAAAGGCAAAUCGUUGGGAUCGAAAAUUGAAACAAAAUGUUGAGGUGGAUUGUCCAGCUAUUGUGAAAGAAUACAACCAGCAUAUGGGUGGUGUGGAUUUGGUUGACGGAUUGAUUGGUCGAUACCACAUAAAAAUGAAAACCAGAAAAUGGACAAAUAAAUUAUUUUACCACAUGCUGGACGUGAGUAUGGUGAAUGCAUAUUGUCUUUAUAACCGACUAAAUAAGGACGUCCUAAAGUGUAAACUUCCUGACUUCAGAUCAGAAGUGGCAGAAACACUUUGUUUGAUUGGUUCGACAAAACCUGUAAAACGUGGUCGUCCAUCGUCUUUAACACCUCCACCAAAAGCUAAAAAGACGUAUCACCUAUCAGAAAAUAUAAGAUACGAUCAAAUAGGACACUGGUGUAAGUUUUUGGACCGCUCAGGCAAAAAAAUGUGCAAAUUUCGUGGAUGCAAAUCAGAAACUCAGGCAUUUUGCAUUAAAUGUAAAAUUAAUUUAUGCAAUUCAACGGCAAAAGAUUGUUUUUUCAAAUAUCACAAUAAAGAAGAAAUGAAAACAUAAA